AUGGACAUGCCUGUAGCUGAACCAAGCGCAUCUGCUCCUUCAAAUACCCUGCAUGCCUCUCCUAGUGCUGAAAUAGGUGUCCCUUCUCCUUCAAAGGAGUGUGCAAAGCGAAAGAAAAAGAGGAUGCCCAAGAAUAUUGAUGUUGUCUCCUUAGGCAGAGAGGAAUCUGUCAAGCCAAAUCCUCCCCCUAAGGCCAAGAAGCCCACACCAAAAAGGAGGAAAACCACCCUAAAGAAAGAAUCUAUAGAGUUAUCCACAAAAACUCCCCCUUCUGCUGAAAACCCUCAAGGUGAGGCAUCCAAUCCACAAGAGGGCACUCCCAAUCCCAAAAGAAAGAGGGCUCCAACCAACAAAGCCAUAACUGUGGCCACCACAUCAUCAGAACAAUCCCCUUCUACAGAAGGACCAACCUCUGUCCAACAAGAAAACCCCAUAGAGGCUCCAUCCUCUUCAAUUCCAACCAAGAUUGCAGAGGAGAUUGAGAAAGAGGUAGAGAAAAAAUUGGAGGAGGAAGAAAAAAGAAAGAAGAAAGAAACUAGAGGCCAUAGUCAAGACCUGCUAGAGUUACUCCCUAGGUCAAAUAUGCAUGAAUCAUGCAGAAAAACUUCAGAGACCAUAACUCCAACUGCAGGGAUGCCCAUACCAGUGAUAGGGGUUGAGAUAUCUUUUUCUAUUUCUAUGGGAAUAGGGAUAUGGCUUGUAAAUAAGAAAAUGGAAAACAUCAAAGCAAUAAAAAAAUAG